AUGGAGAAUUCUCAUGAAUCGCAUAGCAAUGGUAGUCUGGCUGAUCCAGGAUUACAGAUUAAAAAGCAUUCUUUAUACCAAUCUGGUGGCAAGUUUUCAUUGCCUUGGUUUGAUAUAAGAGUGUUCUAUGUCCGAAUAAGCAAUUUUAAGGUGGAUGAGUCGACCCCCGAAUCUCUUACUCUCAAUCACAUCCCCCUCAGUCCGGACACCCUCCUUGAAGUGAAUGGUGUGAGGUGUUCGAUUGACUCAGAAGGAGUUUCUUGUUUACUUCGAAGGGAUCGGGUGGAUAAGACAUUCGAAGAGGUUACAUUUGUAAGCACAGAUGGUAUAAGGUUAACAGGGAGUGUUAAGUUUGAAGUUUUCAAUAGAGAGGAUCUUGUGCUCUUUGGAGUUCUAGAAAUGCCUAAUACUAAUGGUUUUCUCGGGGAUUCAAAUGACAUAGCACAUAAGUGGAGCAUGGAUUGUCAAUCAGUGAUGAGUCCUGGCACAGGAUUUCUGAAGGGUAAACAGAUUACAAGUGCUGAAUUGUUCUCACCUACUAUAGAAGUUUAUGUUGCGGGAAGUUUUUCUCGAACACCGAUAAUAUUAACCAAGACUCUGCAGCUUAAACAUCGGAAAAAGCAUAGAAAGGGAACUUUGGGUUCAAUUCCUGAGGAUGAAACCACCGAAUCCAAUCAAGAUGUUGCAUCUGAACUUGAUUUACCGGUUGCAGAAUACAGAAAUUAUAAACCAGAGAGUGAUGAAGUCUAUGAUAACUUGUACUGGAGGAGGACAGAAUAUGUUGAAGAUGAAGAUGGAGAACUUACCUGGUUCAAUGCAGGCGUUAGGGUUGGUGUUGGAAUAGGCCUUGGCGUUUGCCUUGGAGUUGGAAUCGGAGCUGGUUUGCUGGUUCGUACUUACCAGACUGCCACGCGAAACUUUAAAAGGCGGCUUUGGUAG